AUGGUGUUGGAGGCUUCUAUGAUAAUCGUCGACAACAGCGAGGCAAGUCGCAACGGUGACUAUGUACCGUCGCGAUGGGAGGCGCAAGCCGAUGCCGUGAACCUCAUCUUCUCCGCAAAGACUGGGGCAAACCCAGAGUCGUCGGUCGGUCUGAUGAGUAUGGGAGGCAGCCAACCCGAGAUUCUCACAACCCUCACUACGGACAUCGGCAAGGUUCUCGACGGACUACACCGGACUAAGAUAAAGGGCACCUCGCACUUCUCUACUGGCAUCAACGUCGCCGCAUUGGCACUCAAGCAUCGCCAGAACAAAUCACAGAAGCAGCGGAUAGUGCUCUUCACCUGCAGCCCGAUCGAAGAGGAGGAGAAGGAUCUCGUGAAGCUGUCGAAGCGCAUGAAGAAGAACGGCAUAAGUGUGGACAUCAUCGCGUUUGGCGAGCUUGGAGACGAUACAACGAGGAAGCUGGAGAAGUUCAGCGAGGCAUGCCAGAGUGCCGAGGGAUCACAUCUUGCGAUUAUUCAGCCCAGCUCCAAUCUACUCAGCGACUCCCUCAUUACAACACCCAUACUCGGCGGAGACGCUAGCUCGGGAGGUGCGGGUGCAAGCAACGCGGGCGGAGAAGGCGGAGACUCCGGCGGCAACUCGUUCGAAUUCGGAGUGGACCCCUCGGUGGACCCCGAGCUUGCAUUGGCGUUGCGAAUGAGUUUCGAGGAGGAGAAAGCACGACAGGAGAAGGAGAAGAAGUCUAAAGAGGCCGCAGAGGGCAAGUCCGAGCUCGAGCCUGUGGCUGAAGGUGACGAGAAGCAGCCCUUGUUGGAUGAUCAGGGUGAGGCAAGCGGAAGCAAGGACAGGAAGGACGAUGACAAGAUGGACACAGCAUGAGCCGCGUGCUAUGGUGAUUGAUGAGCAUCCGAGGCGUUCAAGGCUAGAAGACCCAUGCUUCCGCAUAACGAAUGUCGGCGCAUCUCAACGCAGAUGCGAUGAGCAGCUUUCCAAUUAGAACAUAUGGAGGCAUACACUUGUCUCGGUAUUCAGAUGCAUGAGCAAGAUUUUUGAAUCCUGCUGUGGCUUAUACGUAUCCGUUUGUGGAGACCUUGCAUCACUGCAUAGCCCCUGCCUCGGC